GGUCUUUUUAGUGAGUCGAGCCGAAAGAGCCGGUUCUCUAAAAAGAUCCGGAAAUCCCAUCACUAGUUUGUACACAUACUCGUACUCAAAGUAUGAGUACACGCGGGGCGACCUUCCACUGCCCUAAACACUGACACAUUAUUGUACCGGGAGGUUAAAUAAAUAUCACAGCAGCCGAACGACUGGGCCGCCCAUGGAGCCUGGGACCUCGCGUGAAACUCUGAAGCGUGCAGGAAGCCCCAACCCGGCCGGUCUGCGGGAGGAGACGCCGGGAGAAGAGGCGAAAGGCGGAGACGGCAGAACCACGAUGAGAAAGCAAGUGGGAGCGGACUGUGGGAAUGAUGGAGAGUCUAACAGCCAGAUUAAAAACGGAGAGGAAUACGAGGAGGAAUUGGACCCAAGAAUUCAGGAGGAGCUGGAGCACCUCAACCAAGCUAGCGAAGAGAUCAACAAGCUGGAGCUGCAGCUGGAUGACGCCAGGUCGAGCUACAGGAGGAUCCUGACUGAUUCUGCCAGGAAGCUCAAUGCCCAGGGCUCCCAGCUCGGUGCGUGCAUUGACAAAGCAAGGCCUUAUUAUGAAGCUCGCAGACUUGCCAAAGAGGUAUGUGUUUCUACUGCUCACAAGUCAACAGAGUGAGAUAUAUGCAAUCAGUUAGCAGUUUAUUAGAGCUGCUAAGCACAAAGUAUGGUAAAUGGACUGCUUCUUAUAUAGCGCUGUUCUACUCUGUCUGAGCACUCAAAGCGCUUUAUACAACUAAUUCAUUCACCCAAUCAUACAAGCACGUUUUCAAACUGUUUAGUGCUUCCUGUCUAACAUUCAUGCACAUUCACACUCCGAUGAAUGCAUCAGAGAGCAGCAUGGGGUUAGUAUCUCUCCCAAGGAUAUUUGGCAUGCAGACUGGUGGAGCCUGGGAUUGAACCGCCAACCUUCCAGUUAGUAGCUUACCUGCUCUACCACCUGAGCUGGGCAAGAUAUUCAAAAGGUGGGUACAGGUUACCCAAUCUGGGACAGGGUUGCUGAGGCUUGGAGUUCAAGAGGUGGUUGGGCUGGUUAGGCUUUAGGCCUUGGGGCUGGGCUCAGUCAAGAAGAGCUACAACGACCUACCCACACGAUGGUGAAGGUCACUGCCAGUCCAGGUCCCAGUUGAAAAACAGGCUGUAGGAACAGGUUGGGAAAAUGCAGCUGUGCCCUGGAGGCAGCUAGAGUUCGAUGCAGUGCUUUAUUUCUUCAAAGAGAUAAUUGUGCAUCAGUGUAUGAAACAUUUUCGACUGCUAGAGAAGCUCACCUCCUUUUACUGGGGUCAUAUCUUUAGCUAUUGUAUGUUGGCAAUUAGCAGCUGAUGUUCUUAGGUGAGGUACCCAGCACCAUGUCAGUGUGGUGAAGGGCCAUGGAGGUCCCAAGUUGUGUCAGUUUCAGUCCCAGUCAUGGCUGAAGGCAUAGCUAUCUGAGACAAGGCAAUGUGUGAGAAGGACCUUCCUUCCAUCUACAGCUAUAUGCAGUGUAAUGUGCUUUCUACAGCUUAACACAAGAACAAAUGACUGUGGCAGAAUAUAUCACAUGAAGUCACAUGAAGUCCUGUAAAUGGUGAUUCUUGAUUAGUAUGUAUGUGACAGGGAAUGGGAAGGUUGAGCCUUCUAAAUCUUAAUAGAGAGUAUAACAGUUUAUUUCAAUGUGAAUUUCAUGGUGUGGAAUAUGGCCAUCAGUGGAUGGUGUGUUUGGCUGUAUUUGACAAAGAUGGCG